AUUAGAUUAAACCCUAAAACGCGUCUUUCAACUCCGAAAUCGAAAUUGAGUCGCUGCGAUUAUGGAGCUUCGUUCUCGCAAUAAGCGGUCUCUUCCACCGAACAAAGAGAAUCUCUAUGAAGAAGAAGAAGUCAGUGAAAAACCUAAUGGUUUAACUUCUUCUGAUGACGAUUCAGAGGACUCUGAGUUUCAAGGUGAGGAAGAGGAGGAGAAGAAUGAUGAUGAUGAUGAUGAUAAUGUGUUUGUUGAUGGUAAUGAUGAUAUACCAAACCCUGUACCCGCCCCAGCUCUAGCUCCUGCUCCUGUGCCAUUGCGAAGAGGCACUAAAAGGAAGAGCUAUCGUGAACCCAGAGAGAAAGGUAACCUGUUGUGGGAGAUUUGGGAGAAAGAGGAUCAGAAGUGGAUUACUGAACACAUGACAGAGGACGUUGACUUGGAUCAGCAGAACACUUUGAUUGCUGAAACCGCCGAGCCGCCUCGUGAUUUGAUUAUGCCAUUACUUAGGUACCAGAAGGAGUUUUUAGCGUGGGCAGCGAAACAGGAACAGACAGUUGCAGGGGGUAUUCUUGCAGAUGAGAUGGGGAUGGGGAAAACUAUACAAGCUAUCUCUCUUGUUCUUGCUAAGCGUGAUGUUGACAGGGGUUUGUCUAAAGAAGCGGUGGGGUGUACACUUGUGCUUUGUCCCCUUGUUGCUGUUUCUCAGUGGUUGAGUGAGAUUGCGAGGUUUACAUCACCGGGAAGCACCAAGGUGCUUGUGUACCAUGGGGCUAAGCGUGAGAAGAAUGCUGAAGAGUUUAAGAAGUAUGACUUUGUGUUGACAACUUAUUCUACGGUUGAGAAUGAGUUCAGGAAAUGCAUGAUGUCGCCUAAGGAGCAGUGUGAAUAUUGCAACAAGUCGUUUUACCCUGCGAAGCUUAUUAUCCACAAUAAAUAUUUUUGCGGGCCUAAUGCUGUGAAAACGAAUAAGCAAUCUAAGCAGCAGAAGAAGACGAAGAUCUCUAUAGCUACAUCGUCCAAUAAAGGCAAGGAAGCCGAUGCAGGAGAGGGUAGCAAGGUCAAUCGAUCUAGGAAGAAAACUAAAAAAGCACUAGAGGAAGAUCAGCUUGGUUCAGUGGAUAGAAAGAAGUCUCUUUUGCACUCUAUUACGUGGAACCGGAUCAUCUUGGAUGAGGGUCAUUACAUCAAAGAAAGACGUAGCAACACUGCGAGAGCUGUUUUUGCAUUGGAGGCUACCUACAGAUGGGCUUUGAGUGGUACCCCGCUGCAGAAUCGUGUUGGAGAGCUUUACUCUCUUAUUCGCUUCCUGCAAAUUCGUCCAUACUCGUACUACUUUUGCAAGGACUGUGACUGUAGAAUUCUUGAUUACACUGCGCAUGUAAGCUGUAAGAGCUGCCCUCAUAAUGCAGUGCGACAUUUCUGUUGGUGGAACAAGUAUGUGGCUAGACCAAUAACAGCAUAUGGAGGCUACGAACCGGGUAAGAGAGCCAUGGUAUUGCUGAAACACAAAGUUCUGAAAGACAUCCUCAUAAGACGUACUAAACUGGGCCGGGCAGCUGAUCUUGCUCUUCCUCCUAGAAUCAUCACUCUGAGGCGGGAUGCACUAGACGUAAAAGAGUUUGAUUACUAUGAAUCGCUAUACCAAAAUAGUCAAGCGCAAUUUAAUACGUAUAUUGAGGCUGGGACAUUGAUGAAUAACUAUGCACAUAUAUUUGAUCUUCUCACCCGUUUGAGACAGGCUGUUGAUCAUCCAUACCUUGUGGUGUAUUCCAAUUCUAGUGGAGAAAACGCUAACUUGAACGGUGAGAACAAAAAGGAGCAAGAAUGCGGUCUCUGCCAUGAACCGGCUGAGGACAGUGUUGUGACUUCUUGUGCACAUGUGUUCUGUAAAGCUUGUUUGAUUGAUUUCUCUGCAUCCCUGGGACAAGUUAGUUGCCCCACAUGCUCAAAACUACUGACUGUGGAUUGGACUACCAAAGCUGGCACAGAGAAACAUGCAAACAAGACAACACCAAAAGGAUUUAGAGCCUCAAGCAUUUUAAAUCGGAUAAAGCUCGAUGAUUUUCAGACAAGUACAAAGAUAGAGGCUUUGAGGGAAGAAAUCAGGUUCAUGGUUGAAAGAGAUGGGUCUGCCAAAGCAAUAGUUUUCAGCCAGUUCACAUCAUUUUUGGAUCUGAUAAACUACACCCUUGGGAAGUGUGGGGUUGGUUGCGCCCAACUGGUGGGAAGUAUGUCCAUGACAGCUAGAGAUCUUGCCAUCAAUAAAUUCAAAGAAGAUCCAGAUUGCAGAGUCUUCUUAAUGAGCUUGAAAGCUGGAGGGGUUGCUCUCAACCUAACAGUUGCCUCACAUGUGUUCAUGAUGGACCCGUGGUGGAACCCAGCGGUUGAGAGGCAAGCACAGGACAGAAUACAUAGGAUCGGACAGUACAAGCCAAUCAGAGUUGUGAGAUUCAUAAUAGAGAACACAGUGGAGGAAAGGAUCCUGAAGCUUCAAAAGAAGAAGGAACUUGUGUUUGAAGGGACCGUUGGUGGUUCUCAGGAGGCCAUUGGAAAGUUGACAGCGGAAGACAUGAGGUUUCUGUUUACCACCUAACUUAAUCCAUUAACAAACAAAAAAGUAUUUAGUCUGUACGAUCGUAAGAUAAUGGUGCCGUAAACUCCUUGUUUUCAGCUUCUUAUAUUUAGCUAGACAUUUGAUGAUGACUCAUCUAUGGUUUGAUACUCCCUUGCAAGAAAAGUGUUUUAAUAAUUGAAUGAAGUUUAAGUAGUUUAAUAAGGUAGGUUUUCAAC